UACGAGCAGAUCUUAGGCUUAAGAAAGGAUAAAAAAGUGAAGAAAUGACAAAAGAACAUAAGAAAUCUAAGAAAAGAAGACGUAGUGAGGUAGAUGAUAAUGAAGAGGAAAAAAAAACGGGAAAAAAAGGUGAAAAGAAGGAGAAAAAAGAAAAGUUAUUAGAAAAGUCAAGAUUAAAACCAAAAAAUCCAUUUUAUACAUAUAAAAUCGAGUUAUAUGUCUCAAUUCCUCCUAUUUAUUCAGGAUCACCGAUGAAGGGGGUUGAAUAUUAUCUUGAUACAAUGAUUUUGAACUAUUUUCCAGAUAUACAAGGAAUUAUGCUUGCAUAUAGGAAUUGUGAGUUUAUAGAAGAAGCGGCAAAGAUAUAUUAUGAAAGUCCAUUUGCAUUUUCAUGGGUUCGAUUUGAAAUGUUAGUAUGGAAGGUUAAAAGAGGGGAUUAUUUAGAGGGUAUAAUUAAUAUGCAAUCACCAUCACAUAUUGGUCUUUUAGUAAGUGGAUUUUUUAAUGCUUCUAUACCAAAAAAUGGGAUUCCAAAGACAUGGUUUUAUCAAGAAAUUAUGUCACAAAAAGAAGUAGAACAAAAUAAGAAUGGAUAUUGGAUAGAUGAAGAUAAGAAAGUAAUUAAGAUUGGGGAUAGAUUAUCAUUUUGGACAGUCAAACUUGAAACUAUUGGAGAUAUCGUUAGUAUAGAAGGUAGAAUACAAAAUGAAAAAAUGUAUAAAUGAUAUAAUAUAUUAUAAAAAUAUUUGAAAUAGAUA